AUGGCGAGAUAUCUUGUCCACGCGGGCGGCGUGUUCCGCCCUCUAGGUCGCGUUCUGUUACUUGCUGGGCUCAUUCAGUUUGUCAACCGCACUGCACAGUCUACGGCUGUUGAGGUGCCAACCCACACGUGCGCCAGUGACAGGAUCGAGGUGUCGUUGACUCCCGGUAACCUGGCCGUCAAGCUGGUAUGUCCCCCUGAGUCACCACUCUCUCCAGCUGGUUCCAAUAAUGCCCUUCAGUACACGAACGGCACAUGCGGGGAACAAAAAACUUUGACUGAAUUACUAGGAAAUGGCUCUACAGCAACCUGGGACGGCUCGACACUGACAAUGUCGAAGCUCCCCACCGAAGCAAAGCAAAUAUGUUACCAGUGCAAGAAAAGCAGUGACGUCACCUGCACAGCCGUAAUCAACGUUGCGAGUAUGCCCAAAAGCUGCACGGCUUCGGGGGCGCCGGGCCGUAGUUUAACAGCUGGAUCAGGAGAUCUUGUUCUCCAAGUAGAGAACACAGACGCGGUUUACUUCACCUGUCCUACUAACUACAAUCUGGAUCCCGAUAAUGCGUCGCAAGUAUACGUUGAAGAAGGAGAAGAAUGCGCCAACAGCCCAACUACAAGAGACGACAUUGAGCGAAAGGGAGAUCAAACCAAUGGUUACUCGUUCCGAUUGAAGGAGCAACCGCAGAAGGAGGAAACGUUUUGCUACAAAUGCAAGAAAGCGGGUGUUAAAACAGGCGAGGAGUGCACGAUCAAAGUCAAAAGCGUAACUACAACCACAACAACAGUACCUGAAUCGUCAACAGACGAUGAAUCUACGGAUUCAAAUGCUUCUGGAGCAGCGACAGUGAACUACGUCACGGGACUUUUGUGGCUGGCGGUCAUGUGGCUGGGAUACCUUUUGUAA